AUGACUCACUGGCAAGUGACUCAGGGGGGCUCAAGUGACUCAAGUACCGACGAAGAGUCUAGUGCGAAGAAAUCAAAGACCCUAACCCGAAAGGAGCUUGAAGAGAAAGGUCUCGACGAGUGGAAGCCUCUGACCCCCACGUUUGAAGAAGAUGUACGCCAAUUCUGGGCUCGUCUGUCAACUGGAACAAGUGCAUGGCCAUUGAUCCGUCCCGUGGAGGCUUUUGAGAGGCAACGUGCUCAUGCUCAGGCUUGGGCGCAAAGUUGGCGACGUGAUGAGGGGCCUGACUCUUUAUCCCAUUUGACUAAGAAGCAAAAGCGCGCCAUCAUGCAUAAGCUUCAGCAUUGCUGCAUUGAGACCGACUUUGAUACUCUUAUGGAGCGCUUGCCUCUCUUCAUGCAGCUUAACGUAAGUGGCAUGCUUUUAGAGUGCUUACUCUGGACGGAAGCUGUGAAUACAUUUGCCACCCACGAGUUUCAAUACUUGGAUGGCAAGAUAAGUUCCGAUGACACUGAAGGGGAUAGAACCUUUCAUCUUCGUUUGGAGCAUAUCUACAAGCGAUUCUAUGAAACCAAUCCCACACUUGCUGCAGUCUGGCGUGCAGAUUUCCAUCGACUUUCCCUUCCCUAUGACCGCACCCAAUCAAGAGAUCUUUCGCUUGGCAAAUAUCAUCGAGCUCGUCGCGAUGAGCUGAUCGAAUCUACGGUAGACCGUUUCCUGUCCGAUGAGCUCAUUCUGGCACUUAUGGGGCCAGUAUCUGAAGAACUAGUACCAGACCGACGAGAAGAACUACAAUUGGCUUUCUAUAUUAUUGAGGAUUGGAUGUUUGGGAAGCUUUACAGUUCCACCGGACAUAUUGAGUACAAAUGGCUCAAAGAUCUUCCUCGAACCUUCUCUGUCAAAGAAAAGAUGACCGCCCAUCAGCUUCAUUUCCUCCAUGGUAAAGACAACACAAGACUGGAUGGACAUGAGAUUAUCAUGGUCACCUGUCCAAGCCCUGUUAUCAAAUGGCUUAUGGGGAAAAAUGGCCGCCUUAUGGACUUGCCUGUGGCGCCGCAAGUCCUUGUAAUGGACGAUGGUAAAAACAAGUUGGUUUAUAAAAACAACACGCUGAUGUGGGAUCCAGAGGAGUGA